AUGUCCACGCCAGAAUUACCACCAAAACCAGUUACGGAUAAGUCCGAGACUAAGCAAGUUCAGGUGGAUUUACCUGCAAACUCUCACUUGCUUUCAGUCGAGGAAUUGAAGGAAAUUAUUCAAGCUAGAGAUAAAUUACAAGCCUAUGUUAAUAGAUUCUGUAAAAAUGAUGAGGUGAAGAAACAAGUUGGAUCGUAUAAAACCGUUCUAAGCAAUUUAAAAGAAGAUUUCAGAUAUCUUGAAGACCAGAAAUUUGAACUUCAAGACAAUUUAGAUGCAUACCAUCGGUUGGAGUGUCAAUAUCGUGAAAAGUUGCAGUUGCUAGAUAUGGCGAUUAAUGAUAGUUACAACGAUCCUACACUUAAACAUAAAUUUAAAUCACAAAUACGUGAAUUGGACGAGAAAAGUAGAGCUAUGGAAGCUCGUUUAGAUGCCACGGAUGUCGAUGCAUUCAUCAGUGAAUACAUAAGUUUAAGAACCAAUUACCAUUUGUACAGUGAAAAGUUAAAUACUUGGGAUAGUCAAGGUGCCUUAAUAAAUGACGGGUGA